UGUCAAUCAAUUCCAAUUUCCCUACAAAUAAUCCCUCAAAGUAAGCCAUUGACGACCACAAUCAAUAUGACUUCUAAACAAUCUCCUUCCCAUGUCUUCCUAGUGUGUUAUCCCGGCCAAGGACAUAUCAAUCCCACUCUCAGACUAGCCAAGAAACUCGCCGCCGACGGCCUUCUCGUCACCAUUUCCACGGCGGCGUUUUACCGUCAAACACUGCAGAAAGCCGGAAGUAUCCGCGGCGGCGGCGACCAACCUACUUCCGUCGGUAAUGGCUUCAUCAGAUUCGAAUUUUUCGAAGAUGGCCUCGGAGAGAUUAAUCUCAAGGACAUAAACUUGGACCGCGUCGUCGCCCAGCUCGAGCUCUCCGGCCGGCCAUCGCUUACCGAUCUGAUUAAGAACCAAACCGCCAAAAACCGCCCGGUUUCUUGCCUGAUUUUGAACCCCUUUUUGCCAUGGACUUACGAAGUUGCAGAGGAGCUUCAAAUCCCCUGUGCCAUUCUCUGGGUUCAAUCUUGCGCUGUGUUCUCAAUUUACUAUCAUUAUUUCCACAAUUUCUCCUCGUUUCCUUCUGAAAUCGAACCCAAAGUCGAUGUUCAGCUCCCGAUUUUGCCGCUUUUGAAGAACGAUGAAAUCCCAAGCUUCUUGCAUCCCAAUAACAUCUAUGGUAUUUUGGGAAAAACUCUGUCAACCCAAAUUGGUAAAUUAUCAAUACCCUUUUGUAUUUUGAUGGAUACUUUCGAAGAACUCGAGAAGGAAAUCAUCAAUUACAUGUCGAAAACCAUUCCAAUAAAACCCAUUGGCCCAUUGUUCUUAAACUCCCAAAAGUUAGAAACAGAGAUCUCUGUCGACUGCCUAAAACCAGAGGAUUGUAUGGAGUGGCUAAACUCGAAGCCCCCACAAUCCGUCGUCUACGUUUCAUUUGGAAGCAUCGUUUACUUGAAACAAGAGCAAAUCGAUGAGAUUGCUUAUGGGCUUUGCAAUUCAGGGUUCUCAUUUUUAUGGGUCCUGAAACCGCCGUCUGAAUUUUUCGAUCUAAAACGCCAUAUUUUGCCAGCAGAGGUUCUGGAAAAAACAGGGGAGAGGGGGAAAAUAGUGCAAUGGAGCUCACAAGAGCGGGUUUUAUCACAUGAAUCUGUUGGGUGCUUUUUGACGCACUGUGGGUGGAAUUCAUCGGUGGAAGCCGUCGCCAACGGUGUUCCGGUGGUGGCGUUCCCGCAUUGGGGGGAUCAAGUGACGAACGCCAAGUUUCUGGUGGAGGAUCAUGGAGUUGGAGUGAGGCUGUCGCGUGGAGCAGAGGCAAGUGAGUUGAUUACGAGGGAUGAAAUUGAGAGAUGUUUGACGGAGGUGAUGAUCAGCGGCGGUGGAGAGAGGAAAUUGAGGCAAAAUGCUUUGAAAUGGAAGAAGGCGGCAGCGGCGGCUGUGGCGGACGGCGGCUCCUCUGCCCGUAACUUCGAAGAAUUUGUUGAUGAGAUUAGACAGAGAUGUUCGAGAGGUGAGCUUUAGUAAAAUGUCACACUAAACUCUUGUUUGUGUGAUGAGAUCAUAAAUCACAUUGUACCAAAUUGUCAUAAAGUUGGUGAUCAUAAAUCACGAGAUUUAUUUAUGUACUUUUAAAAGUGAGUUAAUAUCCUUUUCGGUUGGUGUGAAA